AUGAACACAAUCAUUGAAGUUCGCAGGAACAAUGACAGUUGGGGUGAAGGCUAUGGGUACACAACGAACAUUACAAACAAAGGUGUAAAUACAGAAUAUCAGGAGAUCCCGAAUAUCUUCACUGCCAUUGAUCUCUCAAGCAACAAAUUUGAAGGGGAGAUUCCAGAAUUUAUUGGAAACCUUAAGGGGCUUCAGUUGCUCAACCUUUCCAACAAUGACCUUAAUGGUGGAAUCCCAUCAUGCUUGGGGAACCUAACAAACCUUGAAUCUUUGGACCUUUCUCAAAACAAGCUCUCGGGAGAAAUCCCUCAGCAACUAGCACUUCUCACUUUCCUUGAAUUUUUAAAUGUCUCAAAUAACCAUCUCACCAGACCCAUUCCACAUGGAAAGCAAUUCAACACAUUCAAGAACAAUUCCUACGAGGGGAAUUCAGGAUUUGUGUUUGUUAAUGAAAAUCUCACUGGGCCAAUUGCCCAAAUUUCACCAAAGCAACGCCCCCUUCAGGAUCUAGAACUUGCUGUCACCAGUUUCUCUGGCAAGCUACCCGGACUCAUUGGAAAAUCUUAUUUCUUGAGAGAUUGGAUUGGAUCUGCUUCUGGUCGUCCUUCUGCUUAUCCCAAGGUUGCGUCAUGGAAGCUCGAAGGAGAAACUAGCAAUUGCUGCUCAUGGGAUGGUGUCGAGUGUGAUCGGGACACCGGUCAUGUGAUUGGCCUUGGCCUGAGCAGCAGUUUCCUCUAUGGUUUUCUUAAUUCAAGGAGCAGCCUCUUCAGCGCAGUUCACCUUCAGAGACUUAACCUUGCCAAUAAUGACUUCAAUUACUCUCAUAUCCCAUCAGAAAUUUGCCAGCUCUCAAGGUUAACGAGUCUCAACCUUUCCCUAUCUCUUUUUUCAGGUCAAAUCCCUCCAGAGAUCUCAAAAUUGUCAAAAUUAGUUUUGCUUGAUCUUUCUCACAAUGUUGAUCCUCUUUACGAUGUUAAUUUUCCUUACAGUAUUCACUCAUCAAAAGCAAGACUAUUGAAACUUGAAAAGUAUGGCCUGAGAAGCUUACUUCAAAAGUUGACUAACCUCAAAGAGCUUCAUCUCAGUAAGGUGAUCAUAUCUUCUGAAGUACCUGAUACAUUGGCCAACUUACCUUCCUUGACAACUCUUGUUCUAAAAGAUUGUGGGCUGCGUGGGGAAUUCCCAGUAAGCAUAUUCCACCUACCAAAGCUUCAAUUUUUCAGUGUGUGUUAUAAUGAAAAUCUCACUGGCCAUUUGCCCAAAUUUCACCAAAGCAGCCCCCUUCAGGAUCUAGAACUUGCUGUCACCAGUUUCUCUGGCAAGCUACCGGACUCAAUUGGAAAUCUUAAUUUCUUGAAGACGUUAGAUUUCACUGAAUGCUAUUUCUCAGGGUCCAUUCCAGAUUCACUUGGUAACCUAACACAAUUAACCGAUCUGUUCCUUUCGUACAAUCUAUUGCAAGGCCCAAUCCCAAGCUCAUUCUCUGAGCUAAAGAAUCUUGAAGCUGCUUAUCUUUCUUACAAUAAUCUCAGCGACUCAGCGCUUGAAAUUUUUUUUAAGCUAAAAAUUCUUACUGAGCUCAAUUUGUCCAGUAACAAAUUAAAAUUGCUGACCAAAAACAGUACCAAUUCCACUCUUCCAAAGUUUCAAAUGUUAUUACUAGGUUCAUGCAACUUGAGGGAGUUCCCAGAUUUUAUACGCUUCCAACACGAACUGAAGGUUCUGCAUCUUCAGGAAAACAAUAUCCGUGGCCAAAUUCCAUCAUGGUUUUUUAACACAAGUAAAGAAACUCUGGGGCUUUUAAACCCUAAGGAAAAUUUUCUAAUAGGCUUUGAGCAACAUCCAGAUAUGCUUCUGUGG